AUGAGCAGGUACAUUAACUCUCUCCUCUUGUUCUUGUUCUUGGCAAUCCUUGAGUUGGUGUUCUCUAAACUGCCUCCAAACCAGAUAACCAACAUGGUCAAACUCUCUGAGCUUCUCAGAAACAACUUAGCUUCUGAUUUUCCAUGGAAUAAUAAAACAAAUUCAAACCCAUGUUUGUGGAAGGGAGUUUUGUGCAACUCCACAUCCUCCUCCAUCACCAAAGUUUUUCUCUCUGGUUUCUCUCUCUCUACCUCUCAUUUUCUGCCUGUUCUUUGCCAGAUUGAUACGUUGCGGUCCAUUUAUCUCUCCAACAACCAUUUGAGCGAAAUCCCAAAUGGGUUCAUGAUAGGUUGUGGAGAGAUUGGUGGGUCAAAGCUGUUGAAUUUCAGUAUGAACAAAUUGAGUAGUCCUUUGCCCACUUUUCAUGGUUUUGGUAUGUUGGAGUUCUUGGACUUGUCCCAUAAUUUUCUGGAUGGCGAGAUUCAUUUACAGUUAGAUGGAUUGGUUGGACUCAAAAGUUUAAACCUUAGCCACAACCAAUUCAGUGGUUCUGUUCCUGAACUAGCAAGUUGUAGGAAUUUGAGUCAGGUUGAUCUUAGUGCAAAUAGGCUUUCUGGGUCAGUUCCUGAAACAUUUAGCCAGCUUUCCGAGCUGGAGAUUUUGAAUCUACAAGGCAACAAUCUUAGCGGUCGAAUACCCGAUUCGAUUGGCAACUUGAAUUCCCUAUUGGAACUCCAAGUUGGGAUGAACAGAUUAAUUGGGAAUAUCACAUCACUGCCAACAAAUUUGCAAAUUGGAUUAGAAGUUCUGGAUCUCUCCAACAACAGCUUCUCUGGAGAGAUUCCACGAUUUCUGACCGGAAUGGCAGGCUUAAAGCAGGUUUUACUGUCGAACAAUCAACUGUCUGUAGUCGUGCCGAAGUUCGAAACAUAUGUUGUUGUUGUUACAAAUGGGAAUAAGGGUCUGAUAUAUCCACCAGCAGCAGCACUGCAGUCUCCUCCAGCAUCACCAAAGAAGGAAACAGUUUCUGUGGCGGUGGUUGUUGUAGCUGGUGUCUUCACUGUUGGGGUAGUUGAGGUUAUUGCUCUAUCGGUCUACAAACGAUGUUACAGGAUCAAUGAUGAGCAAUUAGAACCAGAAGAGGGCCUUGCUUAA